CUAGUGCAACACAGCGAUGGCCGCGGCACUGGAUGCUCAUGCACGCUGACAACGGCUGGUUUUUUGUUUUUUUUUAACACUUACUUAACUACCUCUCACGGCGAAUGAGUUGCGUCUUCCGCAGCCAGGGAGAAAACACAUUACGAGCGGCGGUCGCCUCACAGAUACGACUCAGCUGCUGCGGAUCAGGAAGAAGACCCUCCACCAGACAGAAUGGCUGAACCGGAGCUUCUGCUGGACUCGAACAUCAGACUCUGGGUGGUGUUGCCCAUUGUCUUCAUCACCUUUCUCGUUGGGGUGAUUCGGCACUAUGUAUCAAUUCUUCUGCAGAGCGACAAAAAGUUAACAUUAGAACAAGUUUCUGACAGCCAGGUUCUUAUUCGGAGUAGAAUUCUCAGAGAAAAUGGAAAAUACAUCCCUAAACAGUCCUUUUUGAUGAGGAAGUUCUAUUUCAAUAAUCAAGAGGAUGGAUUUUUUAAGAAGACCAAAAGAAAGGUUGUUCCGCCAUCUCCCAUGACAGAUCCCAGCAUGCUGACAGACAUGAUGAAAGGCAAUGUCACCAAUGUGCUUCCCAUGAUCCUCAUUGGUGGCUGGAUCAACUGGACCUUUUCAGGAUUUGUAACAACUAAAGUUCCCUUCCCUCUCACACUGCGCUUCAAGCCCAUGCUGCAGCAAGGGAUAGAGCUGCUUUCUUUGGAUGCUUCCUGGGUGAGUUCAGCAUCAUGGUAUUUCCUGAAUGUAUUUGGACUUCGUAGCAUGUACUCCUUAAUUCUAGGCCAGGAUAAUGGUGCUGACCAGUCAAGGAUCAUGCAAGAACAGAUGAGUGGUGCUGCCAUGGCCAUGCCUGCAGAUACAAAUAAAGCAUUUAAAGCUGAGUGGGAGGCGCUAGAACUGACUGACCACCAGUGGGCGCUGGAGAGCGUUGAAGAAGAUCUGAUGAGCAGGGAACUUGACUUGGAUGGCAUGUUCAGCAAGGAGCUGCCCAGUGGCAUCUUCUGAUGGUGUAAUUGCUCUCACUUGGAAUCUUCUGUUUAAUAUCCGUCACUGUCAGGGAUUUGCUUUUAUGUCAAUCCACACAGAUGUGAAAAAUCUCCAUGUCAUGUAAAGUUUACAAGUUUAUCAUCAUUCUUUCACAGGAAUUUUUCGUUUCUGUCCAUAGAAUAUUUGAUUCGACUGAAAUACACUGCAUAUUAGAAUCCAUGACUUUAUUUCAUUUUUAGUAUGAUGACAUGUUUUGGGGAAAAAAAAUGGCAACAUUUUAACACAUAACAAUUAUUGUUGGCUUGACACCGUGAACCAUUGUAAUGCUAUUCGGUAAUAGACUAAGAACUAUCCUGUGCUUCUCUUCCUUUUUUUUUUUUUUUUUUUUUUUUUUUUUUUUUUAAUUUAAAUGUAAUUUAGAGCUACCCUAACUUCGAGUUCAUCAUAGUUGCAAUUAUUUGAAAUAACUGCUAAGUUCUGCAAAGUUAUAAUCAUCCUUAUUUACCUGGAUGAAAACGAGCAGAUGCGUUACAUUUCCACAUUUCUUUCCAACAGUUGGUAGAGUUGACAAACUGUUUUUGAGCCCUCUUGUUUUUUUUUUUCUUUUUAGGGGUGUUUUUUUUCUUACUUGUUUUAAUGUAAUUUUUUUUUGUACAACAUAAAAGCAGUUUUGAAGAAAAUCUGCAAUGUUUAUUGCUUUUAUUUUUUAAUGCACAGAAAAGUAAUU